CCUGCACAUCACAGAAGGGUUUGUUUCUCUGCGCAAAACCUGGGAAGCUUUUAGAAACCUGCUUUAAAAAACAAGUGAACAAAAUCCCCAGACCCAAACGCACCAGACUGCUCCAUGAACUCGCCAUGAAUAUAUUUUUCAUUUUUUUUGACAGAAACGUGCAUGUAACUUUCUCUGGAGGAACCGAGGAUUUUUCUAGUUGGUCUUGUAGUAUUUUAAAACUGAGAAACCAGUAGAGUCUUUUCAGCAGUGAUGAGGGAGUGACAAGUCAGAGUUCCUGCGAGUGCACUUGGAAACUGCAAGCAGCUAACGCUCGCUGCCGGAGCCCCCAGAUGGGACUAGAGCCAAGCUCCUGCACUCCUUACGGGGAUGAAGGUAGAGCCAUGUUACCUGCUACCUAAGCUCACUGUGGCCGAUGUAGUUUGUGGAUAUGGUCCCGUACCAGGCUUCAUGCACAGACUCUCAGCUCUGAUCCCACCUGAGACGUUUUAGCGGCAGCAGAGAGAUCCCCAGCUGUGGAGCGGGCUCCUCCGACCACCCUGCGACGGAGGGGCUGCAGCGCUGGAGAGUUACUAUGCAGCUUGGACUGUUUGUGGUGGUGGUUUUUCUAAGCUCGAUGGAUCUAACAGGCAGCAGCAAAGUGGUGAAGGGCAAGAGGCAAAGACGAAUUAGCACCGAGCUGAGUCAGGGCUGUGCCAGAGGCUGCGACCUGUGCUCUGAGUUCAAUGGGUGCCUGAGAUGUUCCCCCAAACUCUUCAUCCUUCUGGAGAGGAAUGACAUCCGGCAAAUCGGGAUUUGCCUACCAUCUUGUCCACUGGGAUACUUUGGCCUUCGCAAUACAGACAUGAACAAGUGCAUCAAAUGCAAAAUUGAGAACUGUGAGUCCUGUUUCAGUCGAAACUUUUGCACAAAAUGUAAGGAAGGUUUGUAUUUGCACAAAGGGAGGUGUUACGUCACAUGCCCCGAAGGCUACUCUGCUGCCAACGGCACCAUGGAGUGCAGCAGUCCUGCACAAUGUGAAAUGAGUGAGUGGGGGCCCUGGGGGCCCUGCUCCAAGAAGAGGAAGCUCUGCGGCUUCAAGAAGGGCAAUGAAGACCGAACGCGGCGGAUUCUGCAGGCUCCGUCUGGAGACGUGUCCCUGUGCCCUGCCACCACGGAGGUGCGGAGAUGCACCGUGCAGAAGAACCAGUGCCCCGAAGGGAAAAGGAAGAAAAAGGAAGAGCAAGGAAAGCAAGAUAACACAAAUGGGAACAGAAAUCGGAAAGACACCAAAGACGCUAAGUCUGGCACCAAGAAGAGGAAGAGCAAACAGAGAGGGGCCGCGGUCCCCACGAUGUCCGCUAGCCCUGCCCAGUAGCUGCCCCUUUACGUCACCUGAUGGCAAGACUUCAUUGCUGCUAUGUAUAUGAAAGCUUUAUUGAACCAGAGCACUGCUACACAACACGUACACAUGUCCAGAAAGACAGACAUAUACUCCCAGACCGACCCACAGACCCGACAGAAACCACAUACACAAUAUUUAAGGAGGCUGCACACACACACACACAGCACCCAGGACCGCGGAAGGAUGCUGCCGAGGAGCGGGAGCGCACGCGGAGGGAAGCCCACCUCCCCGAGGCUCUGCGGGGAUGCUGCGGGGAGGAGAGGUGCAGUCUGAGGCAGCGAAGGACCCGGACACGAGACUUCAUGACCAAGGGCCUCGCCUUGAGCCCGGGCGCCUGGCCCCAGCGCAGCACGGCUGCAGGCAGCGGGACGAGACUGGACCCGCACGGCUGCUCUCCCCGACCUGGGACCCGGACUCAC